AUGGAGAAUAGCACUGGAGAAGUGGCAGAGUUCAUUCUCUUGGGAUUAACAGAUGACCCCAGCCUGUAGGUUCCACUCCUCCUGGUGUUUUUAUUCAUCUACCUCAUCACUGUGGUUAGGAAUGGGGGGAUGAUAGUGAUCAUCCUUUCAGACUCCCAUCUCCAUACCCCCAUGUACUUCUUCCUCAGUAACCUCUCCUUUGUAGAUUUGCGCUACUCCUCAGCUGUGGCCCCCAAGAUGGUGGCUGACUUGCAGUCAGGAGACAAGGUCAUCUCCUACAGUGGAUGUGCCACUCAGCUCUUCUUCUUCGUGGGUUUUGCCACUGUCGAGUGUUACCUUCUGGCUUCCAUGGCUUAUGACCGCCAUGCAGCAGUGUGUAGACCUCUUCAUUACUCCACCACGACAGCAGGAGUGUGUACCUUCCUGAUGGUUGGUUCCUAUGUCUGUGGCUUCCUCAAUGCCUCAAUCCACACAGCAGACACCUUCAGGCUCUCCUUCUGUGGGUCUAAUGAGGUUAAUCAUUUUUUCUGUGACAUUCCCCCACUCUUGGCUCUUGCAUGCUCCAACACACGUAUCAGCAAGUUGAUUGUGUUCUUUGUUGUGGGCUUUAACGUCUUCUUCACCCUCCUCAUUAUCCUCAUCUCUUAUCUCUUCAUAUAUAUUGCCAUUCAAAGCAUGCAUUCUGCUGAGGGACGCAAGAAGGCUUUCUCUACCUGUGCUUCCCAUCUCACCACCGUGUCCAUCUUCUAUGGGACCAUCAUUUUCAUGUACCUGCAGCCCAGCUCUGGGGAGUCCAUGGACACUGACAAAAUCGCCUCUGUGUUCUACACUGUGGUUAUCCCCAUGCUGAACCCCCUCAUUUACAGCCUGAGGAACAAGGAAGUGAAAAGUGCUCUUUGGAAAAUACUCCACAAACUUCAUCCCUAA